CAAGCCCUUAUCCAUCUGCAAAUCUGCCAACAAGCAACUCUUUAAUACAGUGGAGAGGAGGAAAGCUAGUCGCUGACUAACAGGGGACACUGAGUCUGAGACCACAUGGGAAUCUCCGAAGCCAUUCAUGCUCUAGGCACAAAGUUUGAUAUCUAGGAAGAGACAUCUUUCAAUUUGAAGGAGUCUUAAAGUGCUACUAUCAUGAAAAGGUUGCUGUCUUGUAGACUGUUCCAUGUGACCUACUCCUAGAAGCAUGAACUGCUCUGAAUGUAGUGAGGAGAGAAACGCAGACUGAGAGGUGUAUAUCCACAAUGGGAGGUAGAAAAACAUACAAGCUCCUAUGGGGUGUUCACCUCGCUGUUCUCCUGGCUGGAUGCAUGUCUCAUUCCAACCUUCCACUGUCUGAUGAAUAUAGAAAGAUUUAUUUCAACCCUUAUCACUCCCUUAUUCUACCAGAUGGCCGGGAAACCACAAUCUACCUGUUGAAGGAUAUCACAAAAAGAUACUAUUUCACAUUGGAAGAAAACUCUAGCCCACAUUUCUCCAUCACUGUAACACCCUGUGAUGUUCCAAUUGAAUGGAGCAUUUUACACUACAAAGCAUCACAUGCAUUCUAUGGAAAAACAGCAGCAAAAUAUAGAGCCUUUGAUGACUUGAAAACCCAUUCCCAUUACAAGACCGUAUCUACACUUUUCCACUACAAAGGAAACUCUGUUGAAAACUAUGUUGGAACUUUUUCAUAUUCUUCACUUUUUGUUCUUGAAUUUUUAUCAACUGAGAGAGACACUCACAUCUCGGUAUACCUUACAACAGACUUAGCACAUGGAAACCUUUUUCCAGAACUUCCAGGAGAUCCUCGGAUUGAUGUCACAACAGUCAACCAUAACUCUGUUUCAUUGGUCUGGAAACCAAGUCCAUCAAUAAUGAAGCAGAAAGACCUCAUAGAAUAUUGUAUUCUCGUAAAUGAAAAGCAUAAUUAUAAAAGUAUGUGUGCCGCCGAUACCGCUAUUCGAUCGGCGGGCAGGAAAUGGCCAAAAACAGCAAGUUUCCCAGUCUCAAAGUAUCUUGAUGAAAAUCAACGGGUUAUGCUCCUUUCAAAGAGUGAUAUAAAUGUUAUUCACAAAAACAGCAAUAUAGAGGUGAGGCAACUAUGCAUUGGUAACAAAAACACCUACAUAGUAUCAAAUCUGAGUUCAAACACCCAAUAUUACUUUGAUGUAUUUGUAGUAAACUUGUUAACCAAUGCUAGUGCUGCCUACACAGGCACUUUUGCAAAGACAUGGUUGGAACCUAAACCCAAGGAUAUACCCCUAAAGGAUGGAAAAAUUGUUCAAAUUAAGUUUAAUGGCAAAAGACCAAAAACAUAUACCUUUGAAUAUCAGGCACUACAUAAAAAAGUCCACUUCACAUUACAAGUAUGCCGUGGCCAACUGCGAGCUCUGAUAUCUAAAAAUGGUAAACUACUGGUGUCAGAAACUGUUCAAGGUAUACGACAUAUUACUCUGUAUGGUAAAUUUAUGGAUAAAUACUUGGCUGUUUUCAAGCCGGCAGAACCAAUGACAAACACAUCCGCAAUGAUCCAGGCUUCAUCACACGUGCGCAGAUCUAUAUUCCCUUUUUUUCCAAGUAGUCUGAAAAUCAAGUCUUUCAACAAACUGAGAACAUGUAACUCAAUAACCAUUGCCUGGCUUGGUACCCAAGAAAGAAACAUGUACUGUGUGUACAAGAAGAAACUUGAAGAAGACCAAGUCUGGAGAGAACUGUCCAGUGUUAAUAGUUGUUCAGGACCAGAUUCAAGGCCAAAAUCAGAGAAGGUUUUGUGCAAGUAUUUCCAUGAAAUCAAUGUGCAAAGAGCAGUAACUACAGAAACCAUUGGUGGUCUAGAUAGAGGCACAUCCUACCUCUUUGAUGUUUAUCUUAUGGGUUCUUCAGGAAUGCUGGUUAGAUAUCAAAGUAAAGUUGUGAAAACUAGAAAAACUUGUUAAAGAUUUUAAAUUUGUUCUUUUAAUAUCUAAUAUAAAGGUAGCUUCUAAGGGGGACAUUUAUUAAUGUUUGCUUAUGUAUUCCUUUUUUUAGUUAUUUUUUUCUUACAAUUUUUUUGCUUACGUACGACUUAUUUAUGAACUGGUUUCAGCCUGUUGAUACAUUUCUUUCACAUAAGCAAUUUUUUUUGUUGUGCUUUGGUAGUGGCUUUUUCUGCUCCAUGUCUGAGCUGGAGUAAAUUUAGUAGGUUUUUUUCAUGCUAUGCAACUUUUUUGUGACUUUCGCACUUGAUAAAUCUCUGACCACUGCACGUCAAAAAUAACUUUUUGCUUUGGUAAGAAAGUUUCUUUUUUUUUGUGCUUAGGGCACUGCACAAUCAAAAUGUCACAUAAAAAAUAGAGUAGUCGCACAUGUGACUCUUUGGCGACAACUUUAAGCAAAAAAAAACUACUAAAUGCUUUAAUAAAUGUCCCCCUAAAUGUUUAAAUGAGCACUGUCCUUAAAAUUAUUUUUUUCACUUUCAUGGCCUUAUAAAUCUGGCCACUAGGGGGUCUCCCUUUUGGUACAGAC